AUGAGUGCUCUAUUGAGAAGUUCCAUUACCAAUCAUGCUACACGCAUGUCUGGUAUAAGACAAAACUCAUCUUCAACUGCUGCUUUAGCAUAUAAAUUAUUGAGAAAUAAGAAAAGACCUCCACUACCAACUUUAGAAACUCCAAAAUGGAGUGCUGAAUCUGCUGUUGCUUCAAUCUUGUAUGAAUCACCAUCAGAUGUUAAACCACCUGUUAAACAACACGUCUUGAACUGUUUAGUUCAAAAUGAGCCAGGUGUUUUAUCAUUAGUUUCUGGUACUUUAGCUGCUAGAGGUUUUAACAUUGAUUCUUUAGUUGUUUCAAAUACUGAAGUUAAAGAUUUAUCAAGAAUGACUAUUUGCUUAAGAGAAAAAGAUGCUGUUAUUGAACAAGCAAGAAGACAAAUCGAAGGUUUAGUUCCAGUUUAUGCUGUUUUAGAUUAUUCAAAUGCUGAAAUUAUCAAGAGAGAAUUAUUAUUAGCAAGAGUUUCAUUAUUAGGUCCAGAAUAUUUUGAAGAUUUAUUACAACAUCAUGGUGAUUUAACUGGUGAAUCUAAUAAAGAAGCAAGUGGUGCUAAAUACCAUCCAAAGAACUUAACAAUAAGUGAAGUUUUAAGAUUAAAGAAUGAAUAUUUCAGUGCAAUCCAAAAAAUUGUUGAACAAUUUGGUGGUAAAAUUGUUGAUAUUAGUGAUAGAAAUUGUAUUGUGGAAUUAAGUGCUAAACCAUCAAGAAUUUCAUCAUUCUUAACUUUAAUUCGUCCAUUUGGUGUUUUGGAAGUUGCAAGAUCUGGUAUGAUGGCAUUACCAAGAACUCCAAUUGCUGGUGUUUCAAAUGAUGAAGUUUCAACUCCUGAUGCUGAUGAUGUUGUUGAUGUUUCUCAAUUACCACCAGGUUAA